UAUUCGUUUGUUACUAAAGUUUACCAUUUUACUUUAGGAAAUUCAGGCUCAAUAUGUUUACCCGUAACAAAAGAACUGCAAGAUAAAGAUCUAGCAGAUGAGCGAGGUAUCGUAGCUGGCUGGGGUUUGGUCAACAGUACAACUAAAUCUAAUAUUCGUCUUAAAGUUGAAUUGCCUAUAUUCUCAAAAACCACGUGCAACAUUUAUUACAAAAGAUCUUCACGAUCGAAAGGAAUUAAAAGAAUGACAAAUACGUUUUGUGCUGGUGAAGUAGGUCACGAUUCUUGCAAAGGUGACUCUGGGGGACCUAUGAUGAUUGAAUCAUGGUACGAUAAUACGUACAAAUUUGUUCAGUAUGGUAUCAUGUCUUAUGGGCCUCAGCAGUGCAGCUCAGAAAAACCUGGAGUAUACACUGAUGUACGAAAAUUCGUAAAAUGGAUUUUGGAUACAAUUGAACCAUAAAAUUAAUGAAACAAAUAUAUAUUUCAUUUAAAUUACUUUA